AUGAUGCCCAAAUCGAAAAGACCGCCAACGACCGGUUAUGCUCGAAUAGCGCAAGCGGAGGAGGAAGAGGACUCGGACGCUGCAUCCGAGGACGGGUUCCAUCAGAACCCGCUGUCGAAUGCGCAAUAUGCCCCCAUUCAGCCCUCACGAGACUCGCGCAUGCGCAUGCCCGGCGACUCGGCCCCUGGAUCGCCCAACGCACGACGAACCUCGACCAGCCGGAGACACCGGGCCAAUUCAGGCGUCGACAUCAAAGCUAUAAACGCGCGAUUCGAGCGCUGGGCAGACGAGAUUGCACAAAAGUUCAAGUUCAAGAAGCAGAAAGAGGGUCCAGAUGACGAGCAGCUUGAGAUUCAUCACUCGGUCUUCCAGGCGCCAGAUGGGGUGCGGCCCGCGACGGCAGAGUCGCUCACGUUCGACUACGAUGCGGCUGGCGCCUCAGAGCGCAUGACCAAGAUGCAGUUCGACGACAUCGUAGCAAGUGUUCGAACAGCAAUCGAGCUGGACGUCCACCCAAAGUUGAUCACACAAGGCAGCUCGGGUAGCUACUUCGCGCGCAACACACAGGGCAAGGUUGUGGGUGUCUUCAAACCCAAGGACGAGGAGCCAUACGCGUCGCGCAACCCAAAAUGGACAAAAUGGAUACAUCGCAAUCUAUUUCCGUUCUUCUUUGGGCGCGCCUGCCUCAUCCCGAACCUCAGCUACAUCUCAGAAGCCGCCGCAUACGUCCUCGAUACACAACUCCGCACGCACAUCGUACCCUACACUGACAUCGUCGAUCUCUCUUCCAAGUCUUUUUACUACGAUUUUUGGGAGAGACGCGCCUUCUACAGAAAGGGGAAGCACUUCCCAGAGAAGCCUGGUAGCUUCCAAGUCUUCCUGAAGGGCUUCAAAGAUGCGAACAUCUUCCUGAAAGAGAAUCCCUGGCCAGAUCAGCAUACCUCGAGCAUGAACGCUGCUGCUCGUAAAAAGAAAAGAAGGUGGGCAGAGGACUGCAGACCGAGUGGACCGUUGUCCGACAACGAGGACGAUGAGGAGGGACCGGGUACGCCUGGUCCACAGCGGCGACGAAGAUUAUGGACACCGGCAUUACAGCAAUCUUUCAGAGAACAACUGGAGAAGUUGGUCAUUCUCGAUUACAUCAUGCGGAACACAGACAGAGGACUGGACAACUGGAUGAUCAAGAUCGACGAGAAGACACAAGAAGCUACGAUGGUUGCUGAGCCGCCAAAACUGAACGACGAGGAAGACGGCGAAAGCGCGCCAAGCCAGUACUCCCGGCAGUCCAUGUCAGAGCUGGACCCAUAUGGGCGUAGGGAGCCUAUGAGGGCGUCAAGUCGUUCUAAUACACCCAUGCAAAACGGGCCUACUCAAGGCGUCACGAUCGGUGCUAUCGACAACAGCCUGUCCUGGCCUUGGAAGCACCCUGAUGCAUGGCGAAGCUAUCCCUUCGGUUGGCUCUUCUUGCCCGUUUCCUUAAUCGGACAACCCUUCUCCGAAGCCACUCGCCGGCAUUUCCUACCGCUCCUCACGUCGAAGAAAUGGUGGAGUGACACACAAACGGCGCUUAGGAAGUGCUUCUCUCAAGAUGCAGACUUCAAGGAGCGCAUGUACGCAAAACAGAUUGCGGUCAUGAAGGGACAGGCAUGGAACGUUGUAGAGACACUCAAAACACCUGAUCACGGCCCACUGGAGCUGACAAGACGAGCCCGUGUGUGCGUCUGGGAUGAUAUUGUCGAGAUACCCAUCGCAGUCCCUUUGCGUGCGCCUUCAGCUGAAAUGCGGCGGAAACAACAGCCUAGCCGGCAUAAGAUGUUAGACGAUGAACACGAAGAGAUGGACAUCACAGCUCUGCAGACGCCACCCCAGAAACCACAACCCGACCUUCUCAUGAAUUCUCCGCCUCUCGAUUCCACACACGAGAACCGCUUCAAUCUCACCCGCGAUUCUUCAUCGUUGGACGCUCGACGUGCUGAUCGCCCACUAAACAGAGAUGGCCCACAAUCCCCAGCAACUGUGAAUGACCUGCCCUGGCCUAGUCGAAAGCUGCCAAAAUCUAAUGGAAGACCCGCUCAUCGCUCGCGUAUGAGCUAUGACAUGCCCCGACACGACAGCGGCAGGCGACAGAGAAGAUUUUCUCUCAACCUCCGUAGAGAUGAUUAUGACGAGGACGAAGGUGAUUUGGGUUACGCGGCAAACGAGGACAUGGAGGGCAACCGUAAAAAGGUCAUCGUGGAGAGGCUUGAGAUGGUCAAGGGCAGGAACCCAGUAUUCACAUGGUGUUGA